GGGGUCCCAAGGUUGAUACUUUUGUUCAAUAAUCCUAGUACCUUAUCUACAGAUAAAUAUUAUAAAGAGGAUACCUCUGCCUCACACACACAGCCUCCUUCCAGAAGUUCCAGUACUUUAUCCUCGAGUAGCAGCUAGAUCCCUUGCAGCAAAAGGACCAGUGAACUCACAGAAGCCACGUGACUGCAGUGACCUCACCUCUUCUGUCCUUUAACCGGACUGGAUCUAGCUACUACCAGGUGUCACAUUUAUAGCAUCAGACUCAGUCACUGACGAUAAACAAGAUGAACAAAUACAGGAAGCAGAUAGCAGAACAGUUCCUGAGUCAGGCCCUGGGCAUCAUCUGCCUACUGACCGGAGAGGAAUACACCAUUGUGAAGAAGAGGCUCUCCCACAGCAGCGUUCAACAGCUGAGCGGAGAGGUGCCUAUAAAGUGUGAUGAUGUUGCUGUGUAUUUCUCUAUGGAGGAGUGGGAGUAUAUAGAGGGACACAAGGAGCUUUACAAGGACGUCAUGAUGGAGACUCACCAAGCACUAAGGACUAAGGAGAUCCAUGGAAAUGAGAGCUCAGGAAAAUCUUAG